GGAGAGACAGAGAGAAACGGGAGCAGGAGGAGGAACGCCCAUUGAAAUCUUCUUUUGUUUUUUUUGUUUGUUUUUGUUUGGUACAUUAGCCUAACAAUGUUGGACCAUGACCUGUUAUCAGCCAUCCAAAGAAGUGACUUGCACUGGCUUGAGGCAAAUGCAAGCCAAUUGAGUGCAGAUUGGCGGAAGUUUGUCCACAGCAAGUCCGGAGAUUCAGCACUUCAUGUUGCAGCUUCAGCUGGCUGCACACAAGUGUUGGGAUGGCUCCUGUCUCAAGGUUGUGACUGCUGCCUAGAGCAGCAGAAUGCCGAUGGAAAGAGGCCUUUGCACUGUGCAGUUCAGGCAUCACACUUGCCCAUUGUCAAAAUUCUUCUGGAUCAUGGAGCAACAAUUGACCCCCUUAAACGAGCUGACUGGACGCCACUGAUGCUGGCAUGCACGAAACGAAACCUCCAGGUCAUCAGGCACCUAAUUGAGAAUGGGGCGAAUCUGCGCCUGGAAAACAAAGAUGGCUGGACCAGCUUCCACCUUGCUUGUAGAGAGGGUGACAAGGAAAUUGUUAACUAUCUGUUGGAUGUGGAUGGGUCAGUGUGGAACAAUGUCACUAAAAAUGGCAGAACUCCCUUACACACGGCAGCUAUGCAUGGAAAGGAAGUCAUCAUAGGGAUCCUGUUAUCACGAGGAAACUACAGCACAGAUGAAACUGAUGCCUGUGGAAACACACCCCUGCUUGAGGCAUUACGUAUGGGCCACAAGAAUAUUGCUGAGCUACUGAUAAUGGAACACAAUGCCAGUGUGUAUGCCAAGGACAAGACUGGACGCAUGGGGAUCCAUGUGGCAGCAGAAGCUGGACAGGAGGAAGUGGUGACGUUCCUCUUAGGAAGCCAUGGAGUUGAUGUCAAUCUGCUCUCUGAAACAGGCUUAUCUGCAAUGCAUAGUGCUGCAAAAGAAGGCCACACGGCACUGGUAGAAAUGCUGGCAGAACAGGGCUGUAAAGUUAAUACACAGGAUGAAAAUGGAAGAACUGCUCUCUGGCUUGCUUGCAGUGCUCGGCGAACAGCCUGUGUAAAGGCGCUGCUGAAGCUUGGGGCGCAAGACAUUGGUGAUAAUAAUGGUAUUCUGCCGUCCCAGCUGAUGCCAUUUUGAAAUAAAGCAUUAAUGGUUCAGACCUUCAGAGAUAUCAUGAGUUGCUUGUCUCUGCACAUUGUAUUCCGUUUGAAGUAAUCUUCAGAAACUAAAUUCCAAGGAUCACUAAUCAGUAAAUACUAGAAAUUGAAAUUGGUGUUUACUCUGCUUUAUUACGGACUGCCUCUACACUGUGAUGUAACUGAGGUGUCCAGGGAAAUCCAGGAAAGGGUGAUUAUGUAAGCAGGCAGAUGAUGAUGAAACUGGAAAUAGAAGAUGGGGGGGAAGAGAGGGAGACAAAAGAGAGUGGAGGCAGGCCACAUGAUCUGUAACUCCAUGUGAUAUGAGAAGAGCUGCUGAAGGACACACACUAGCACACACAAGUGUGCGCGCGCACACGCACACACACGCUGCAUAUGUACACACACACACACACACACACACACACACACACACACACACACACACACACACACACACACA